AUAAAUUGUUUAAUGUGAACACAACGUUCGGGCGUGAAGUGCUUAAUUUAUUUUAAGAACGUAUUUUUAUACAUUUUGGGGACGAUAUGCAGUAUGAUAUGAUUAUAGUUGGCAGCGGGUCUGUCGGGUCCGCGGCCGGUUAUUACGCAGCAAAAGCCGGCACCAAAGUGUUAAUGAUUGACAGUGGAGUACCGCCGCAUAAGGACGCCAGCCACCACGGCGUCACCAGGAUCUUCAGGUGCGCUUACGGCGAAGGGGCUCAUUAUGUACCACUGGUCCUUCGAGCCAAGCAGCUGUGGAAGGAGUUAGGUGAAAUAUCUGGAAAAGAAGUGUUGAAACAAUGUGGCGUGCUUAACUUGGCUCCAAAAGACUCAAGAUUUAUGGCAAACAUCCAAAAAUGUGUUCAACAAUUUAAUCUAAAAGCAGAGACUUUGUCACCGGAAAAGGUGCAUGAGAGGUGGGCUGGGAUUACUGCACCUGAGGAUUAUGCAGCCGUAUUCGAGUCUGAUGCGGGAGUACUUAACACUGAAUUAGCAAUUGGUGCUUAUGUAAAACUAUCGAAAGAAGCUGGCGCGGAACAGUUGUUCAACACCGUGGUCACCGCUGUGAAACCGAUCGAAAAUGGAGUGGAAGUCGAGACGAGCGUUGGCAAGUUCAGAUCACGCAAAGCCUUGGUUUCCGCCGGUACUUGGGUCAGAAAGUUAUUCCCAGAAAUGCCAAUACAACCAUUACGAAAGACAUUCGUGUGGCAUAACGCACCAGAGAUUUAUAAAAAUAUACCUGGGUUCGUCAUUACUCAUAAAAGUCAUUCAUACUAUGGAUUUCCUUCCGACGGCAUUGGUUUAAAAGUAGGAAAACAUAAUGGCGGUCAGUAUAUGCAAUCACUUGACGAAUUUCUGCCAUAUGGAGCUGUAGCUGAGGAUAAGACAGAAUUGUUGGAGUGUUUGGGCGCGUUUCUACGUGGGGCAGGAGAGGCGGUGCACGGCGAAGUUUGUUCUUACGACAUGAGUCCUGAUUCAAACUUUAUCAUCGACGUAGUCCCUAACAUCCCUAAUGUGAUGGUGGUUUCUGGUCUUAGCGGUCACGGGUUUAAAUUUACGUCUGCUCUUGGUGAGGUAGCUGCGCUGUUUGGAGGCGGCAAGGAGAGUCCAAUAGAUUUAUCCGCCUUCAGAUUGAGCCGAUUUAAAAAGAGUAGCCAACUAUAAAUUUUAAACAAACUGACGAAGGUAAAAUUCUUAUAAUUGUUAAAGUUAAAAUCGAUAUAAAUUGUAUGAAAUACGUAAUAAAUACAUUAUUGAUAAUAAAUUCAGCAAUAUUAAUAGCAA